GUCUGAUUCGGGAUAUUUCCCCAGUCCUAAUUUCUUCCUUCCAGGCUAAAAUGGGAAUUUGUGGCUUUGCGCUUUGUUUGGUAAUCACUACAUGUCUGUGGAGGGCGUCCAUUCAAGGAGAGCAGCAAAGGAGGCUGUAUCGAGACCUCAUGAAAGACUACAACCCUUUAGAGAGACCUGUGUUUAACGACACUCAGUCACUCACAGUAAACUUCAGCUUCAGCUUGAUGCAGAUCAUGGAUGUGGAUGAGAAGAAUCAAGUUCUCACAACAAACAUAUGGCUGCAGCUGUACUGGUUUGAUCAUUACCUUAAAUGGAACGUCUCGGAAUAUCCCGGCGUGACGAGCGUCCGAUUUCCCGAUAGCCAGAUUUGGAAACCUGACAUUUUGCUAUAUAACAGUGCUGACGAGCGAUUCGAUGCCACCUUUCACACCAACGUGCUAGUCAGCUCCAACGGCGCUUGCCAAUACUUACCACCAGGUAUCUUUAAGAGCACGUGCCACAUCGACGUGCGGUGGUUUCCCUUCGAUGUCCAGCGGUGCGACUUGAAGUUUGGCUCUUGGACAUACGGCGGCUGGUCUCUGGACCUGCAAAUGAUUGAGGCUGACAUCACAGGCUAUAUAGCUAACGGAGAAUGGGAUCUAGUAGAGGUACCAGGUCGCAGGAACGAAAGAUUCUACGACUGCUGUAAAGAACCGUACCCGGAUGUGACAUUUACGGUGGUGAUGCGCAGACGGACUCUGUACUACGGUCUAAACCUGCUCAUCCCAUGUGUCCUUAUCUCUACACUGGCUCUGCUCGUCUUCCUCCUGCCUGCGGAUUCGGGCGAGAAAAUCUCCCUCGGAAUCACAGUUUUGCUCUCACUGACUGUCUUCAUGCUGCUGGUGGCUGAAAUCAUGCCUGCGACAUCCGACUCUGUGCCUUUAAUCGCCCAGUAUUUUGCCACUACCAUGGUUAUUGUCGGGUUGUCGGUAAUAGCCACAGUUUGGGUCCUACAGUACCACUACCAUGAUCCCGAUGGAGGACAAAUGCCAAGAUGGACACGUGUGGUGCUGGUGAACUGGUGCGCCUGGUUCUUGCGGAUGAAAAGGCCGGGCGAGAAGCGAGUGUGCUCAGCAUGCCACGACAAGCGUCCACGCAGCAGCGUCUCCAGUGUGGAACCGACCAACGGAAACAUUCUCUACAUGGGCCUGCGUGGUAUGGAAAGCCUGCCUUGUGCCACGUCACCCGACUCUGGGGUGGUGUGCGCACGCCUCAUGGGUGCAUCCGAAGAAGCUCCGUCAGUGAGCAGCGGUCAGGGAGACACAGAGCUGUCCAAGAUCCUGGACGAGGUGCGUUACAUUACUAAGAGAUUCCAUGACCAGGAUGAAGAGGAGUCUUUGUGCAGCGAGUGGAAGUUUGCCGCCUCAGUUAUCGACCGCUUAUGUCUCAUGGCCUUUUCCAUGUUCACCGUCCUCUGCACCAUCGGCAUCCUCAUGUCAGCCCCGAAUUUCAUCGAAGCCAUUUCCAAAGACUUCUUCACUUAAACACUGUGUGUGUGUGUAGUUUUUCCUGCAGCGAGUCAGAGAUGUAGUUCAGCCAAAAUCAAAUAGACACUUUUUUUCCUUUAAUGAAUUAAAGCAGCUAAGACACAGCUUCUCAUACUGAUUAAGAAAAACGUUAGACACUGCGAAUAACCCUGGGUCGUUCUAAACCCUGUGUUUAAUCUCAUGCAGAAGAACAUUUCACACUGUGCAGAUAACCGGCUUUUUACCCGGGGUUAUGAGAAUUAAUCAGAAAUUAAACAGCAUGUGCCUCAUAUCACAUGAUUUAUACAGCCACGUGUGAACAGUAGUUAAAAUCGAAAAGAUAAAUAUAAUGUCAAACGGUGACAGAAAUCGUGUUAGUUAGAGGAAAGGAGACUUUAUAUCUACAUUUAUGGUCAGAAAUUUGUCUUUUCAGGACAAAUUGUACAUCAGUCAGAAAUAAUAAGAGUAUUUGAGAACUGACUGAAGAAUUAGUAGCAGUUCGAUAUCAGCGAACGUCUGGUCGACUACACGACAAAGAUAAUAAUGUUAAUAACAAAACAAAUUAGAAACCUGUAAAAGAUAACAACGAUUCUAUUGUACUAGGAAACGGGAAACAAUAGUUUCUACCUGAUGCGAAAGCAUGAGAAAGACUUUGUUGAUGGCACAAGUAUGCAAAUAUGAUGGUUAAGCCAGGUGAUAGGAAUGUACCGUGUGAAUCAACAGGUUAUGAAGAGUCAGGAUUAAUUGUAAACCCUGAAUAAAGUAUUUUGAGAGCAGUGUGAAAUGUCACACAAGGUAACAUUUGAGUCUGUUUAUAAGGAGUUUACUAGGACCCAGUAGAGCUAUUUGAGUGUGUAAAGCUUGUCUUAACUUGUCUUGGCUGAUUAAAUUUCAUUUCUUAGCUGAAAUUAGUAAUAAAUAGAAUAAAUGACUUGCAACACUUACCAGUCUGGUGUUUUUUAGUUAAAACAAAACGUGAAAUAUGUGUGUAGUGUUUUCGUAACUAUUCAUAUAAUCGAUUAUAAUCACAAUAACCUAAACUCAGUAGAUAGACUUUUUUUUUCUUUGAUACACACUGAUAAAGAUCUGCAUUUUUUAUUUAUAUGAUUUUCAUUGAAGAAAUACAUCAAGCAAUAUUUCAGUUUAUUUUCAUGUAUUUAGUGCAGAGUGAUCACUGUAUCCUUGUAUCUGAUGUGGUUGAUGUGUUUAAUUUUCAAACUUAAACGCAAGGAAAAUCAAAUAUAAUACAU